UCCCCCCAGCUCUGCGGAGCCGCAUGAACAAUAGGCGGCGGCGGCUCCUGCGGGCGGCAGCAGCCCCGCACCCUAUGGAUCGGCCGCUCCAUGGAGCCCUCCAGAGCGCUUCUCGGCUGCCUGGCGAGCGCCGCCGCUGCAGCCCCGCCGGGGGAGGAUGGAGCGGGGGCCGGGGCCGAGGAGGAGGAGGAAGAGGAGGAGGAGGCGGCGGCGGCGGUCCCCAGGGAGCUGGGCUCCGACGCGCCGCUGCCCUACUGGACGGCCGUGUUCGAGUACGAGGCGGUGGGCGAGGACGAGCUGACCCUGCGGCUGGGCGACGUCGUGGAGGUGCUGUCCAAGGACUCGCAAGUGUCCGGCGACGAGGGCUGGUGGACCGGGCAGCUGAACCAGCGGGUGGGCAUCUUCCCCAGCAACUACGUGACCCCGCGCAGCGCCUUCUCCAGCCGCUGCCAGCCGGGCGGCGAAGACCCCAGUUGCUACCCGCCCAUUCAGUUGUUAGAGAUUGAUUUUGCGGAGCUAACCCUGGAAGAGAUUAUUGGCAUCGGGGGCUUUGGGAAGGUCUACCGUGCUUUCUGGAUAGGGGAUGAGGUCGCCGUGAAAGCAGCUCGCCACGACCCGGACGAGGACAUCAGCCAGACCAUAGAGAAUGUUCGCCAGGAGGCCAAGCUCUUCGCCAUGCUGAGGCAUCCCAACAUCAUUGCCCUUAGGGGGGUGUGUCUGAAGGAACCCAACCUCUGCUUGGUCAUGGAGUUUGCUCGUGGAGGGCCUUUGAAUAGAGUGUUAUCUGGGAAAAGGAUUCCCCCAGACAUCCUGGUGAACUGGGCCGUGCAGAUUGCCAGAGGGAUGAACUACUUACAUGAUGAGGCAAUUGUCCCCAUCAUCCACCGCGACCUUAAAUCCAGCAACAUACUGAUCCUCCAGAAGGUGGAGAAUGGAGACCUGAGCAAAAAGGUUCUGAAGAUCACCGAUUUUGGCCUGGCUCGGGAAUGGCACCGAACCACCAAGAUGAGCGCAGCAGGGACGUAUGCCUGGAUGGCACCUGAAGUCAUUCGUGCCUCCAUGUUUUCCAAAGGCAGCGACGUGUGGAGCUAUGGGGUGCUGCUUUGGGAGCUCCUGACCGGUGAGGUGCCCUUCCGAGGAAUCGAUGGCUUAGCUGUCGCUUAUGGAGUGGCCAUGAACAAGCUUGCCCUUCCCAUUCCUUCUACAUGCCCGGAACCUUUUGCCAAACUCAUGGAAGAUUGCUGGAAUCCUGACCCCCAUUCACGACCAUCUUUCACGAAUAUCCUGGACCAGCUAACUACCAUAGAGGAGUCUGGUUUCUUUGAAAUGCCCAAGGACUCCUUCCACUGCCUGCAGGAUGACUGGAAACAUGAGAUUCAGGAGAUGUUUGACCAACUCAGGGCCAAAGAAAAGGAGCUACACACCUGGGAGGAGGAGCUGACGCGGGCCGCACUCCAGCAGAAGAACCAGGAGGAGCUCUUGCGGCGCCGGGAGCAGGAGCUGGCCGAGCGGGAGAUCGACAUCCUGGAGCGGGAGCUCAACGUCAUCAUUCACCAGCUGUGCCAGGAGAAGCCGCGGGUCAAGAAACGCAAGGGCAAGUUCAGGAAGAACCGACUGAAGCUCAAGGACGGAAACCGCAUCAGCCUCCCUUCCGAUUUCCAGCACAAGUUCACGGUACAGGCCUCACCCACCAUGGAUAAAAGGAAGAGUCUCAUCAACAGCCGCUCUAGUCCUCCUGCAAGCCCCACCAUCAUUCCUCGCCUGCGAGCCAUCCAGUUGACACCAGGCGAAAGCAGCAAAACCUGGGGCCGGAGCUGUGUCAUCCCCAAGGAGGAGGGGGAAGAGGAGGAGAAGAGGGCCCCCAAGAAGAAGGGACGGACGUGGGGGCCAGGUACACUUGGUCAGAAGGAGUUUGCCUCAGGAGACGAAGGAUCCCCUCAGAGACGUGAGAAAGCUAAUGGUUUAAGUACCCCAUCAGAAUCUCCACAUUUCCACUUGGGCCUCAAGUCCCUGGUAGAUGGAUACAAACAGUGGUCGUCCAGUGCCCCCAACCUGGGGAAGGGGCCGAGGAAUAGUCCAGCCCUGCCAGGGUUCACCAGCCUUAUGGAGAUGGAGGACGAGGACAGCGAAGGUCCACGGAGUGGGGAGAGUCGUCCACAGCCGUCACCCAACCAGUCCUACCUCUGCAUCCCAUUCCCUCGUGGAGAGGAGGGGGACGGCCCCCCCGGCGACGGCGUCCACGAGGAGCCCACCCCAGUCAACUCGGCCACCAGUACCCCUCAGCUGACGCCAACCAACAGCCUCAAGCGGGGCGGCCCCCACCACCGCCGCUGCGAGGUGGCUCUGCUCGGCUGUGGGGCCGUCCUGGCGGCCACGGGCCUCGGGUGUGACCUGCUGGAAGCUGGCAAGUGCCAGCUGCUCCCCCCGGAGGAACCCGAGCCGCCAGCCCGGGAGGAGAAGAAGAGGCGCGAGGGCCUUUUCCAGAGAGCCAGCCGUCCCCGUCGGAGCACCAGCCCCCCAUCCCGGAAGCUCUUCAAGAAGGAGGAGCCCGUGCUGUUGCUAGGAGACCCCUCUGCCUCCCUCACGCUGCUCUCUCUCUCCUCCAUCUCCGAGUGCAACUCCACCCGCUCCCUGCUGCGUUCUGACAGUGAUGAGAUCGUGGUGUACGAGAUGCCCGUCAGCCCCGGGGAGGCCCCGCCCCUGAGCCCCUGCACCCGCAAUCCCCUGGUCAAUGUCCGAGUGGAGCGCUUCAAGCGAGACCCGAGGCAGUCCCUGACCCCCACCCAUGUCACCCUCACGGCCCCCCGCGCUGAGCCCAGCGCCCACCGGCGGACUCCUUCCGAUGGGGCCCUCAAGCCGGCGGCCCCUCGAGCCAGCAGGAGCCCCUCCAGCAACGGGCUGAGCCCCAGCCCUGGAGCAGGAAUGUUGAAAACCCCCAGCCCCAGCCGAGACCCAGGUGAAUUCCCCCGUCUCCCUGACCCCAAUGUGGUCUUUCCCCCGACCCCAAGGCGCUGGAACACACAGCAGGACUCUGCCUUGGAGAGACCCAAGACCCUGGAGUUUCUGCCUCGGCCGCGUCCUUCUGCCAACCGGCAGCGACUGGACCCUUGGUGGUUCGUGUCUCCCAGCCACGCCCGUAGCGCCUCCCCAGCCAACAGUUCCAGCACGGAGACGCCCAGCAACCUGGACUCCUGCUUGGCAAGCAGCAGCAGUACCGUGGAGGAGCGGCCUGGGCUGCCAGCCCUGCCCCCCUUCCAGGCGGGGCCGCUGCCACCCGCCGAGCGGACGCUUCUGGACCUGGACGCAGAGGGCCAGAGUCAGGACGGCACCGUGCCGCUGUGCAGAGCCGCGCUGAACACACACAGGCCUGCCCCUUACGAGAUCCAGCAAGAGUUCUGGUCUUAGCACGAAAAGGGUUGGGGGCGGGCAAGGGGGAAGCAGGAGGAGAUCGGGGGGAGCUGGCUGGCACAGCCCUGUCUCAGCAUUGGACCCCCUGAGCUCCCGCCCUACUUCUUGCACUGAUAAUGCACUUUGAAGAUGGAAGGGAUGGAAGCAGGGCCCCUUGAGAGGGCUUCUUGCCCUGCAGGGCCCUUCUCCCCAGGUCCACUGGAGGGGCCGUGGCUGUGGAGGGCAGGGAGGGGUGCGUGCAUGUCCUCCACCCUCCACAGUCUUCCUUGCCUUCAAGGUGACCCCGCAGAGUCACUCAGCCGAAUCUGUCUGCUUCUCCCUCUCCUCAGCCCCCUGGGUGUGCCCUCCUGGGCUCCCUGUUAGCCCUGAGUUCAGCCUUUCCAAACACCAGUACUGGAUGUUCUGUGAUUGAUUUUGCUCCUCUUCCACAUUCUUCCCUGACACUCAUGAAUCAGAAUCUCGUUUGGUGUGAGAUGUGAGCUUUUCUGUGUCCUGAGCCCUUCGGUGCCGGCCGGAGGACUGAAGGCAAAGUACCCCAGUGUCGGGCACAGGAAUUGGUGGAGCUAGCACCACCUAACUGCACUUCCAGGCGCCCCACUUAUUCAUUUGAGCCUCCCAGUGGUAGGGACCUGCCUCUGUGAGACCCGGGGGGAGGGGAGGGAGUUAGGAAAUACAGUUGAGUUGCAGUAAAGAGGGUAACGGAGUCUGUCUGUCCUCAUUCCUUUUGUAAACACUCAAAGAAGGGCAGAAACCAGCACCUGUUGACGGCACCUAUCUCCUACCUGGGGUCCAAAUGUGGUCAGACCAGGUUCUGAUACAAACAUACUCUCAGCCCAGGAAUAGUUUCCAGGGAGACUCACUGGUGACAGUUCUGAAACCAGAGACAAAGUUCUUGUGUUUUUCCGUUUGGUCAUCUGAUCUGUAUGUGUUCUUCUCUUCCCUUGAUCUUUCUUCCGGUCCCUGGAAUUAGUGGACUUCAGGUUGUGUGUUUGGUGGGGAGAUAUCUCUGCGCUGCACCAGAAUAGCAUAUGGGGGUGGGUCCUGGACCCUGGGAGUUGGAACUGGGGGGAUUCCUUCUCAUCCAUCAUUACUCUGUGAUGCCCUUGAAGUAAAACGGAGCGCUUUUUAGUUCCCUGCGUGAAUGGAUGUGGUGAGUGAUGAUGUCUGUAAGGUGCUCAGUGAGCCCCUGAUGUACAGGAACCUUCAAGUCCCGAGCACUGGAGACCAACCAAGGCCUCUUGUCUCUGUGCACAGAUAGCCCCUCCUGCUGGGCUCUGGACCAUGUGCUGGGUAGGAAGGACAACAGAGGCCAACCCCGACUUUUCUGGAAUUUGUUUCCUUAACUUGAACGUUGAGCUUCUUCUGGAGCUUCCUCACGUGUGUCUCCACUGUUCCUCUUACCCUCAGGCUCCUGCAGCAAGUGUGAACGGUUGUCUUUGCGUGGGAAUAACAGCUUGACAGGAAUAGCGUCCUUAGGUCAUGCUCCUCCCCCCUCAAGACUCUACACAUCACUCCACUGUCUUUUAUCCUGGACUAUUUCUCUGCAGGUGUUGGAGGGCCACCUGCAGGUUUCUUGCGUUUGCUGCCUGGAUGCCAGGACAGGAGAACAGCCAUCCGGGCACGAGUGAUGGAUUUGGUCAUUGCUUGCUCUGUAACUACGAUAGAAGUCCUGCCCUGGGGAUGACAAAAGGGGAGACCUUGGCUUUCAAGUUGUUCGUUGUUUUACGAGCCCACUGGCAGACACUUUGGUUCAAGGGCCCCAUGUAGUCUUGGGCGGGGAGGCACUGUUGGUUUUGUUGUCCAGCGUUCUGUUAUUGCAUCUCAUCUCUCUCUGUCUCUUUGUUCAGCGAAGACAGUACGUAAGAGAUUAUUUUUGCCCCCAUGCCCCGCUCCUCGGCUAGGAGGGGGGAAGCGUGAAUCCCGUCAGCAGUUCCAGCCAACCACGUGACUCCCCUUCAUUCCUGAUGGGGAGAGGGACACAGACGGCCUGUUCUGUGCCCUUUCCCAGGACUCUCCAGGGCCCCAGGCCCUAAGCCACUAACACAUCUCUAAACCCUUAGCCGCACUAAAUGGCCCCCUGGUGGGUGCAGCAUACAAUGUAGUCCAGACCACGCUGGCUCUGGACAGUGCUCUGUGGAAGGAGACAGGGGGUCUUCCUUUGCUCAUUUUCUGCUUUUUGUCAUUUUGUUGGAUUGCAGCUGUCUGUCUUAGAAGUGUAGUGUAACUGGUGUGGAGUAGACUGAUGGCUCACUGUCGCUGAGUAAGAGGAGGUUGAACCCGGUUCUUCCUCAUCCAUCCAGGGGAAGACAAGGGAAGGCUGGGUGUCUGCUAAGGGAAGGAUUAUACCCGCAAGAGGCAGAAGCGGGGUUAUUCUGAAGAUGCUUCUGUGGGCUUCCAUGAAGAUGGAGGACUUACCAUCUCUCAGCUCCUCCAAACCAGGUCUCCGAGGGGCCCCUGCCCGCCACACUCUCUCUCUCUGUGGGGCAAGGCUCAGGUGGGAUAAGGAUCCUAUAUAGUAACAGGUUUGGGUUGUUUUCUGUCCACUCAAUUUCCCUUGUCUCCAUGGUCAUGGGCAGGGGCAGGCCUGGGAGCGGGGGAUCAAACCCCUGCAGCAGCAGUAGCUGACCCCCUUCCCUUUCCUCAGACACUUUCCCACCCCUCUUGGCAGGUGCUGCUACAUGGAAGAUGGUGAUGGGAAACAGAUACUGCUCUCCGCCCCUUCUCCUUGGCUCCUUCAGUUCCUUCCACUGAUUUUGCACAGGACUGUCCUCUGUCCUUGGGGAUCCAGGCCACUGCCAGGGGCUGAGUAGAUGUCCCAGUUAUUUUCAUGUUAUGUCUAAGAGGCUUUGACAGAUGCUCUUAUCUUCGCAUCUUUUAGUAUCCGGAGGUCUGGUAGUGAAGAUGAUGAUGAUGGUGGUACCUUGCAUUUGGAUGACUCAGAAUUGUGCUAACCUUUCCUCCUGACCUUUACAAAAUUACAUUAUUUGCCUUCUACAUUUGUUAUACUUACUGGUAGAGAAGGGGAAAUGCUUAAAGAUGAAGAUUCAAGUGAAGAGAAGUUAAAAAGCUGCUUGGACUGAUUGCUGAGUCGGGCACCAGACUCUGAGACCCGAACAGAUUGGCUCUGUCCUCCGUUCUGCUUUUGCUGUCUGACCUUGGGCUUGUCUCUUAGUCCCUCUCAAAUUUCCUUCCUGUAAAAGCAACCAUCACCUGCUUCCCUCACAAGGGCAAGAGAGUGUGUAUCAGAGCAGGUCCGUGAAGCCCGUGGCUCCCUGCCAGCGAAUAGGACAAACUGCUGAAGUUGACAGUGCAGUUCUUACCGCCUUUGCCUCUAGGGGACUUGCCUACUUCCUCUGGCUUCUGGAAGAGGAAUGAUUUGGAGUUGGCUUAGCAUGACUAAUGGGGACCGUGGUCAGGCACAUGCUCUUCUGCUGCAUUACGUAGCCCCUGGUGUUUACAAGCAUCCCUCCUAAUUCCCCCACCUAAUUUGUAAGGCUGAUGGUCCUACCAUUAGUGUCUUACAGAGGAGGCGAUGGGAGACGGGGAGCUGGAGGCAGCAUCCGAAUGAUGAUUUGGGGUCUCUUGUUUCUUGGAGUCAUUCCCAAAGUCUGAUGUGUUUAGAGGCCGGAAUCAGGCCGGUUCUGGAAGGAAUCCUUGGGAAAGGGUCUGCUGGCCCUUGGGACAUGGGUCAUGGUGCGGGCUUCCUCACAAGGCCCCUUUUCCCCCAGACCACAGUUGCUCAGGGACGCCAUAAGACACCCCAAGGACAUCUAGGCCUGAAGUGGUAUCAGCACUCUUGCUCCACAGCCCCCCUUUGGAGGCUCCUUCCUUGCUCCCUCCCCCACAGGGAAAGAGCCGCCUCCUGAGCAUUCCUAAUUCUUCCAGCUCGCUUUUCACAAAGCACAGAGCAGCGGGUACUGAAGGCUGGGUGGCUCUGAGUGGUACACUGCACAGUUGAAAUGUCCGUGCGGCAGGCCCCUCUGUGAAUGCAGAACCUUGACCUUUUCUGCAUGUGUUUCUUUUAGCCUGUGCCUUUGACUCAGGUGUGGGUCGGGCAGGUCAGAAACACUAUUGUCUCUUGAAGAAUUUCGGGGAAGGAGCAGGUGCUGCCGCUUCUGUAGUGGCAGGCUUUUCCUGAGGACUCUGCCAGAGACUGUAGACCGGGGUCAGGGGGAGAGCAGCUCACAGUGCCUUGUAAGUGAACGUGGCAGCAGGAGCGGCAGGAAUCUGGUGAUCGGAGCUACCCGCCUGCAAGUUGUGUGAUGGCGCAAACAUCUCUCCCCGCUCUGGACCUCUGAGCCCAGCUGUGAACUGAGGACGAUGAAGCAUGAAGCCUUUCUAGCUUGAAAAUCUGUGGUCCUGGGGCCCCUGGUCUAGCACUGGUAAGCCUCCCCUUGCUGGGUUGCUUCCUUUUGUGGAGAACAGUGUGUGUGUGUGUGUGUGUGUGUGUGUGUGCGCGCGCGCGUGUGUGUGAUUGGAAGUCAAAAACAGUCAAAUAUUGGCAAUUUCAUGUGGUUUGACCGACUAGACCACCUGCCUCUUCUCCUUGGCUUCAGGCCUGAGAUGACUUCUUUUGAAGCUCCAGCUGUUGUGAGGAACACAUUCCCAAAUGUCUCUCUUUGUUCGGACAGAUCAUGGUUUUCUUAGAUCAGGAAUUCAAAUGAAUAAAAAUCCACAUCAGAAGGGGAAACCCAGUGGUACUUCCAGGGAGCCCUCAGUCCCUGACUUUGCCCUGGCCUUGCCUCCUGGGUGCCCGCCACCCCAGGCACUGGCUUUGGAAGGGCAGGAGGCAGAAACUGGAGUCCUAGCUGAUUAAGGCUAAUUAACGGGGCUUAGGUGUCUAAUUAGCCUGACCCAGCCCUGGGCUUCUGGUUGGCUAUACGGGCCAGGUGAGCCUCUCAUUCACUUAGAUUAUUUUCCAUUUGUCCUGAUACACUAUUGACAGGCCUCACCCCGUCCCUUGUCCAUUUCAGGGAGCCCUGAUUUGUUCUUCCAAAGGUUGGGCUGCUCCUUGAUCUGGAGCCAGUAGGACUGGUUCUUCCUGAUUCUUACUGGCUGUGUGGUUCCCUGCAUCCCCUGCCCAUGGCCUUCCUUUGGGUCUUUCGCUCAUGACCACAGCUAGAAAUAGAGAAGAGCCUCGGGGCCCAGCUGGUUAGCAGAGGCAUGAGCUUUUCUACUCCUCUCUUUGUUUCUCUUGGAAACAGACUUGCCUUUUCCCUGACCCAAUCUCCUUCCUGACUGGUCUGACCCACCCUCCCUGCAAACACCCACAACCUAGUUUUACUAGCCUGAUUGGCAGGCGUGAACCUGGCAGCUAGAUAGGUAUCUCAGGACAGACACCAGAGUACAAUUUCAGAGGUUCAGAGAUAGGCCUUUCCUAUUGGGAUGUGUGAGGGAGACAUUCAGGAAAUCUGAACCCAGAGGUCAGAUUGAUUUAUCAAGAGGGGUCCUGGUGAGUGAUGGCCCCAUGGAUAUGGUGGUCUUGCUCUACACUCCCUGUAGUCCAAGACCGUAAUAUGUUGCCCACGUUCCUGAAAUCCUUCACACCCAGGUCCUUGCUUUGACAGAUCCCGACUUUAUUUAAAAUGUAGAUAUUGUGUUCAUCAUGAACUUUUCAUUAACUUUAAUUUUUAAAAGUAUUGCACUGAAAUAUGAUUCAUCUGGAUAACUGAGUUUUGUUUUGUUUUGUUUUUGGUGACCCCUUAAAUUCUGUAUCCAAGGCGAGUGCCUCACCUUAUCCUAGUCUCAGCCCUACCUGUUCCUCCCCUGAACAAGCUCAGGCAGAACUGUGAGGUAGGGUUAGGUCUUUCCUGCUUGCCCUUCCCUUCAGUCCUGAGUUGGGUGGUAGCUCUCUGGAAGUGUUUGCGUUUGAAUAGGAAUGUGUUGACUUAACAGCAGUGAAACACCUAGGGCAGCUUUCAUCCUUGGACCUGUGACUGAGAUGACUUUUCCUGGAUGUCCCCCAGCUUCCUUUCAGCCUCUCUGAAACCCUGAGGCCACUUAGAGGUGUGUAUGUGUUUUAAGGGAAAGGGAAGGGAUUACAGUGGAGAGGAUUCUUCAGAGUCUCAUUUGAAACCUCUUUGGGACAUCUUUGAACUUGCAGAGAAGUGAAUAAAUCAUUCUCUCUCCCAGUUCCAGAACGGACAGAAGUUAGACAGAGGUGUUUUUACUCCCUUGCCUGCCUAGCACUGUGCCUGGCCUACAAUGACCUUCAGCCGUCAUAUCACCUCCCUUGGGAUCCUUUUUGAUACUAUUAUUAUUCUCUGUCAUCUUUAUUUUACUCUCAUCAUUUAUCUUUCCCUCCAGUUCCAGAAGCCAUGCUGGCUAUGGCUCUUUUCUUCGUCACUGUCAGAAUGAGGCAUGGGUUUAUCCUGGCCUGGGUAUGGGGACUAACAAUAAAUUAUAUGAAACCAUUAUAUUUCUUCUAGGUGAGAGGUGCUGUCCUAAAGGUUUAUAUUCUUUUCUUUCCUUUUUUAUU